UAUAGGCAGUUAGAAUACAGGUGUGGCUAAGUAACUCAAUGGAUAGUUUUGGUCCUGUUGAAAAUACCAGUGCAAGUGAAGACCCAAUUUUGAUUAAUAUGGAAAAAGACUUUGCUAGCUGGAAUGAUAGUGACAAUUCUAGUUACAGUAAUGUUCAUUAUUUAGUCGGUGUCAGGAACAUUAGAAAUUUCCUAUCUGAUAAAAUUCUUUUAGUUAGGGAUAACAAUAGCCAAAGGAACCGUUAUUCCAUAUAUUUUGAUAUUGAAAAUCAAUUUUUAGAGAUUUCUAAUGAUCCUUCUUUUCUAAGUGAACCAGAAAGUUUUUUUGAUAGUUAUAAUAAGAAUUCUAGCUAUCUGAAUAAUGUCUCUAAGAGACAUGAGAAUCAUUACAUGUAUGAUACUAAAUCGAGUUGGAAAAAUGGCAUUUAUAAUUGCAUUGAAAGUUAUCUUCGUUCUCAAAUCUGUAUUGUUAGUCACAUUUUAAGUGAAAGUGAUAAAUACAAUGACAGUUACUUUUAUACUUCUAUUUGUGGUAAGGGCGGAAAUGGUAGUGAAAGCGAGAGUUCUUCCAUAAAAACAACUAUCACGAAUGAGAAUUUAACUAAAAGAGAGGAUUCUAAAGAUCUCGAUGAAACUCAAAAAUACAAGCAUUUAUGGAUUAAAUGCGAAAAUUAUUAUGGAUUAAAUUAUAGGAAAUUUUUUAAAUCAAAAAUGAAUAUUUGUGAACACUGUGGAUAUCAUUUAAAAAUGAGCAGUUCAGAUAGAAUCGAACUUUCGAUUGAUCCAGGUACUUGGAAUCCUAUGGAUGAAGACAUGGUCUCUAUGGAUCCCAUUGAAUUUCAUUCGGAAGAGGAAUCCGAAUGGAAAUAA